GCUCUUCUAUCUCAUCCUCGGCACCUGCGUUCUCCAUUUAUAUCUCUUCUACAUCUCCUUCUUCACUGUCGUCAAUCUCUUCUCAUCUCUCCAAUCCUUAGUAAGGAAGGAAUGAGGUAGUGGCCGACAUAAAAAAGAAAUACUACAAGGUCACAAUGCCAGCUGACAGAAGCAGUCUUCCACCUUAUCAGCCAAACAAACAUCGACACCGACAUGGCGAGCGGACGUCCCAUCCCGUCUACUCCUACCAUCCCGGAGACAAGAUGCUUCACUUCUACCGCUGGACUUCGCCGCCUGGCGUGAUGAAGAUAAUGUGCAUCAUCAUCAUCAUCAUGUGCGUGGCGGUCUUCGCCUGCGUGGCGUCCACACUGGCCUGGGACUACGACAUGAACAACUUGGGUCUCGGCGGCGGCGGCCUGGUUCCGGGAUUCGGCGGCGGACAGUUUGGCGGCGGGCAGUUUGGCGGCGGGCAGUUUGGCGGCUCCAUCGGCGGCGGCUUUGGAGGAGGCUCUGGCAGUUCCCUCAACAAUUUCGGCGGCGGAGGAGUGCAGACGGAUCCGAAAUCAAGCAAAGGCUUCAUCAUCGCCAUUUCCGCCGUCACCUUCAUCGCCGUGCUGGUCAUUUUCGUGCUGGUCAUUUCCAGGCAAAGGGCCGCUACCUCGUCCAAAUUCUACCUGGCGGCGAUCAUCAUCUCCGCCAUCUUGGCCUUUCUGAUGCUCAUCGCCACCAUCGUGUACUUGGUGGCGGUCAACCCGACAGCUCAGACCUCAGGCUCCAUUUACUACAACCAGAUCCGCCAGGUGUGCGCUCAGUACCAGAACCAGCCUCAGUCUCAGGGUAUCUUCAUCAACCAGUACCUCUACCACUACUGCGUGGUGGAACCUCAGGAGGCCAUCGCCAUCGUCCUCGGCUUCCUGGUGUUUGUGGCGCUGAUCAUUCUUCUGGUGUUCGCCGUCAAGACUCGCGCCAGCAUCAGGCGCUGGGGCCGAGACCGCAUCCUGUGGGAAGAAGUCAAGGUGGUCAACGAUGGUCUUCAUCACAGCGUCGGAGAGUGGGUGAGCCAAGUGGCGGGCGAGCCGGAGAAGCUGCUGAACGACCGCAAUGAUCAAGUCGGGGCUCCGCAGGGUUACCGGGACUACAACAAGCCCAUCUACAUGCCGGGGACCUCGGACAUCUCUGCAAUGCCCAGACUGAAGGAUUAUGACAUUGUUGGCGAUUCAGGAGACAAUCUUGAGGAGGAGAACUUUAGCAAGUUGUUUCCGUCCAUCAUGGACGAGGACGAGCGUCUGAGCUACAAACAAGAGUUUGAUGGAGACCAUCAGGAGUACAAGAGAAUCCAGGCGGAUCUGGACCUCAUCAACCAACGUCUAGCUUAUCUGGAUGGAGAACUGGACCGACAUCCUGAGGGCAGUUCUCACUUCCUGGCGGCCAUGGACGAAUACACCGAGCUGAAGAACCUGAAGAAAUCCCCGGACUACCAGGUGAACAAACGACGAAGCAGAUAUCUCAAGUCCAAACUGUCCCACAUCAAGAAGAUGAUCAGCGACUACGACCACCGGCCUUGAAGCGUCAUGGGAACAAACCUUCCUUGUCUGGCUCCGUCCAGCCACUUUUCUACUUGGGGGAGCAGUCCAGGUCUUUUUUCCCUCGACAGUAAACAAUCUUCAGCAAUAAGGUGUUGAAAAUGUGCGACAAAUAAAUUAUAUUUUAUGAUUUUGCUUCAAAUACUUGUGACUUGUUCUCUUGGCCUUUUUCAUGUUUUGUACAUUUGCAAACAGUUUUUUGGUUUACAUGUGAAUUUUUGUUUUUCUCCACGUUCUAAUAAAAUAUGUUACAA